AUCUUAAAAGUGAGGCAGCUAACAAACUAGAUAUGGUACUUGAGGUUAGUGAAAUGCCUAGUCAAGGAAAUAACAAAUAUAAAGUCAAAUUUGAUGAACUAAAAAUGUUAUUAAACAAAGAUGAAAUUGAGCAGAAUUUAGGUGAUAAUAAUAAUCAAAAUUUAGAGAAGAAGAAUAGUGAAAAAAGUAAUGAUAAAGAAGAGGAUGCUAAUAUGAUAAAGAAUGACUAUGAAGAGGAAGUUGAUGAAAUGUAUAAAAGAAAGAUGAACUAUGAAGCUAAAAAGAAAGUUGAUGAAAUAUAUAGAGAAGAUAUUAAAGAGGCAGACCGAAUAGAUAGAGCAGAAUUUGAUAGAAUAGAGAAUGAAGAAACUAGCAUUAUAGAAAAAAGGAGAAAGAAAAAAAAGUAA